AUGGCUGCUCCCAUGGAGUUGUACUGUUGGAAAGGCGAUUAUGGCUUACCAUCGGUCGAUGUGGAUUGUUUAACUGUGCUGGCCUAUGCCAAGUUUGCAGGUGCCCCGCUCAAAGUUCACAAGAUUACCAACCCAUGGAGAAGCCCAACAGGUACGCUGCCUGCUCUGAAGACCAGAGAAGAAGGCAGUUUAUCACAGCCGAGUAAGAUCAUCAUCCAGCUCAGGAAGCAGAAAUACAACGCCGAUUACGAUCUCUCGGCUAAAGAGGGCGCGGACACGCUCGCCUUCGUGUCCUUACUGGAGGAGAAGCUGCUGCCCGCUCUGAUUUACACGCAGUGGGUCGACGCUAAAAAUUACGUAGACGUGACGCGGCGCUGGUACGCUGAACACACCCCGUUCCCACUGAACUUCCUGCUGCCAAACCGCAUGCACUCGAGGCAGAUAGAGAGGCUGAGGCUUAUCAGAGGAGACGCCGUACUGGAGCCUGAGGAGCAGUUGGAGAAAGAGCUUUACCAGGAUGCGUUGGAGUGCAUGACUCUCCUCUCACAGAGGCUCGGCUCACACAAGUUCUUCUUCGGAGACUCCCCCUCCUCACUGGACGCGUAUGUGUUUGGUCACCUGGCGCCUCUGCUGAAGAUUAAACUCCCCAACGCUAAACUCCAGCAGCACCUGAACUCGUUGGAGAACCUGCAGCAGUUCUGCUCCAACAUCCUGCUGCUUUAUUUCCCCUCAGACAGCCGAGAAGCUCCGAGCAGAAACACUGCCGUUCACACCGACGCCGGUGACUUUGAUAACGAGCCGCACAAGCGGCGCAACCAGAUCCUGUCCGUGCUGUUCGCCGUGGCGGCCAUGGUGGGUUACGCCGUCCUCAGCGGCAUCGUCACCAUCCAUAGCUCACGAUCGCAGCUCGAAGAGCCUCGUCACGACGACGGAGACGAGGAUGACGAAGAACAGGAGUGAAUUGUUUUUUUUUUUUUUUUUUUUUUUAAUAUUAAUAAAAAGUGUAUAUUCUGAAUGAAUCCCCCUGAGCUCCACUAUUAAAGUAUUUACGAGCUUGUUUAUUAAGCAAGACACACA